AAUUACUUAAAUUUUUUAAAUAAGACGAACGGUCAAACAUAUUUAAAAAAGUCAACGGCGUCAAACAUUUCGAAACGGAUGGAGUAUUUGUCAAGGAGCGGGUUGCUUUUGCCAUGGCGGCUGUCGUGGUGGUCUUUUUCACCUUCAUCCUCAUCUGGGGCUCACCGAAGCAAAAGGACCUUUUGCACCGCAAGAAGAAGCAACGCGAAGGCAAUGAAGGUGGAGAUAAAGAAAACAAAGAUGCAGAGGCAAAUAAAGAGGAAGACGAUGAAGAGGAAGGCGAAGAAGAGGAAGAGAAGGCGAAGGUGAAGAAGAGCAAGACGAAGGUGAACAGCUAAAGCAUAGAAGCAGGAGGUCGGCGCUGCCUGAGGCCUGAGUCAUAUUGGCGCAUUUUGAUAGAAUAAUAGCUGUAGUCGUCGUUGUAGGUUCCUGUAUCUUGAUGGUGUCUGUGGUAGAUUCAGAUCGAAUAGUUUUAUCUUGAGUCCGUGCAUCCUGUCCAACAAGGAACAGAGUUUUGAGUUGCUUGAUCGUUUAUUUGCAGUCAUUCAGUGACUUUGAACUGCUCCAUCUAUCUCUUGUUUGCAAUGGAAACAAUGAUUUGGCCCCAAAUUAUAUGUUUUCUCUGCUUGGUUGCAAGUUUCAUGCAGCUAGUCCAUACACCAAAUCCCCCAUCACCUCUCCGUCCACCUCCACACCUAUCUUCACCAUUUCAGCGAACACCAUCUGCGCGCCCCACAUUCUCUCUUCCUUGCACAGCCAUGACACCACUGCCCGGGCCCCUCAACCGCAUUCCGUCGAACACCUUCAUGGCGUCCGCGACAAGGUUAUUCUUGAACAACGUCACCACGAUCUCCUUGUAUGCCGUGGCGGCCGGCUCGAGCCCGCGCCUCUCCAUCCCGUUCCAUACCCUGCAGGCCUGCAAGCGUCAGAGAACAUCUCCACGCGGCAGUAUCCUACGACCAGCAGCUCGCAGCACCUCCCGGUCCGCGACACGCCGUACGCCCGUACCGGUGCUCGGCCUGCUUGAUCACCUUCUCGGCGACAUCGGGCAUCUUGC